CAAAAAAACAUUUCAUAUUUUGAGUCAGUGGUGAAAGGAUCGAGCAGAGAACUAAGAAGAAGAGAGCUCACAACAUGACUUCUUCUUCUUCUUCUCUAAGGAAGAAAACAGACCUCCGAGUGAUUCAGAAGGUUCCAUACAAAGGUCUCUCUAAUAUUCAACAAGUCCUUCUCGGUACAAAGCUUGCCAUUCUAUUUCUGGCCAUACCUGCCGCCAUCAUCUGCACCUAUUGUGGCGUCACUCAGCCUUGGAUAUUUGGACUGAGCUUGCUAGGACUGACACCUUUGGCUGAGCGAGUCAGCUUCCUGACAGAGCAAGUAGCUUUCUACAUCGGUCCUACAUUGGGUGGUCUAUUGAACGCAACGUGUGGAAACGCAACUGAACUAAUAAUCGCGAUUAUGGCUUUGACUAAGAACAAGGUAGCACUGGUGAAAUAUUCGCUGCUAGGUUCAAUUUUGUCAAACCUUCUAUUGGUUCUCGGGACCUCACUUUUCUGCGGCGGAUUCGCUAAUUUCCGGAAGGAGCAGCGGUUCGACCGGAAACAAGCCGAUGUUAACUUCUUCUUACUCCUAAUGGGGUUGCUGUGUCACAUGCUCCCAUUGUUGUUUAAAUACAUGGCAACUACAGAGACUCCAACUGCUGUUAUAUCCGACAUGUCACUGAAUAUAUCGCUAGCAAGCAGUAUCAUUAUGUUGAUCGCUUACAUUGCAUAUCUCGUUUUCAAGCAUUCGACUCACCACCAAUUGGUCAACGCACAAGAUCAGGAAGAUGAGUAUGAUGACAAUUUGGAGGAAGAAACCGCACUGAUUAGUUUUUGGAGCGGUUUUGCCUGGUUGGUUGGGAUGACACUCGUCAUCGUAUUGCUAUCGGGGUAUGUUGUGGCCACAAUUGAGGACGCAUCGGAAACAUGGAACUUGCCAGUGAGUUUCAUAAGCAUCAUAUUACUUCAUAUUGUUGGAAACGCAGCUGAACACGCUGAAGCAGUUAUUUUCGCUUUUAAGAACAAGCUUGACAUAUCUUUUGGAAUUGCAUUAGGCUCUGCAGCUCAUAUUUGCUUAUUCGUUGUCCCCUUGACUAUUAUCAUGGCGUGGAUUUUGGGAAUUAAUAUGGAUCUCAAUUUCGGUCUCCUUGAAACCGGUUCUCUUGCUCUUUCCAUUAUCGUCACCGCUUUCACAUUACAGGACGGGACUUCUCACUAUAUGAAGGGACUGGUCCUCUUGCUUUGCUAUUUCAUUAUUGCCAUAUGUUUCUUCCUCGACAAACUUCCUCAGAGUGACCUAACCAAUGUAUUGCUCACAAAGAUCUCACAAGGCAGAGGAUAA